AUGGUUCUCACAACCGUCCUAAUCACCGGUGCCAAUCGCGGUCUCGGUAACGAACUUCUGCAGGUGUACCUUGCACGACCCAAUCACCUCGUGAUCGCUGCGAACCGCAACCCAGAGCAUCCCACAUCCAAAGCUCUUGCCGAACUACCCACCGGCGAGAACACACAGCUGCUCGUCGUCAAGCUCGACGUGUCCGUGGAAUCGGACCACGCCGAGGCCAUCGCACAGCUCGCCGCCCAAGGUAUCGAUCAUCUGGAUCUGGUGAUCGCCAACGCAGCCGUGGCCAACGUCUAUCCGAGGGUUUCCGAAAUCACGACGGCCGAUCUGCAGGGCCAUCUAACCCCGAAUGUGUUCGGCGUGGUGUGGCUGUACCAGGCGACUCGAGGGCUCUUGGAGCGCUCUUCGGAUCCAAAGUUCGUGUCCAUGGGAUCGGGUGCGGGAUGGCUUGAGAACCAACCGCCCGUCCCGAAUGCCGUAUAUGGUCCAUCGAAAGUAGCAGUCCAUUGGUUGACGAAGAUGAUGAAUUUCGAGGAGGAAAAGAUCAACGCUUUUAUCGUGAAUCCGGGUUGGUGUCGAACCGAGAUGGGCAAUCGCGGAGCCCUCGCUUAUGGAUAUGCUGAAGCACCGCUGGAAGUUGGCGAGACGAUUCCCGGGAUCGUGCGUUUGAUUGAUGCGGCCACGAAAGAGACGCAUGGCGGAAAGCUUUGGAGCCACAGAGGGACACAGGAGGCUUGGUGA